CCCACAGACGGAGCGAUACAGGAAGAUACUACAGUGUGUGGGGACCCUAACCAUCCAAGUGACAUCCUAUAUCAUCAAUCCUGACUUGCUUUUUUUUUUUUCACAAGGCAAAGAAGCAAUUUCAACUAAAUUCAGAGGAUUACUUUCGAGGUGAAUCUCGCUCGGACUGUCUGCUGUGUUGACAAGGUGGAGCAAUGUGCACGCACGGAGGACGAGGAGUCUGGGAUUAAGCACGGGAGAGAAAAGAUGCCAAAGAUGAGACAAUAAAGAGGAGCUAGUUUUUGCGGCCUGUGCGGACUUCCUUGCGGCAGCAGUUUGGAUGUGCACAUCGACCCGGCCGCCAUGACGAUGAAAGGCCUGUCCGGCAGCCGCAGUCACCACCACACGGUGACCUGCGACCCCUCCUAUGACUCCAUGACCUUGGGGCACCCCGAUCGCCGGUCCUACUUCCUCAACCCGGGCAAUGCUCAUCCCGGCGACCACCCGUGCUACACCCAGCGCCCCAACUCCUUCCAGUCCGAGUGCAGCGCCUACCCCGACCUGGCCAGCUGCACCUUUCCUCGCAGACAUUACGGCUCUCACCACGAGCUGAAAGACGAGUGCAGCGCUCUGGUGCCUUACACGGGGGGCGGUAAGGGGGCGGGCGGAGGAGGUGGGGGUGGAAACAACAACAACCGCAUCCCCUCUAACCUGCUGGAGCAGUUUGAGCUCCAGGCUCCGGUGCGGCGGGAAGGCUACCACACGCUGCAGUACAAGCGCACCGCGGUCGAACACCAACGCAGCGACAGCCCGGGUCGGAUCCGCCAUCUUGUCCACUCCGUCCAGAAGCUGUUCACCAAGUCGCACUCCCUAGAGGGGCCCUCGGGGUCCGCGGGGGGAGGCGGCAGCGGGAGGAUGAACGGCAGCAAAUCCAGUCCGGACGACCCGCCGUCCUCCUCCGGCACCCUGAAGCACAGCAAGCGCAGCAAGAGCAAAGACCGCUCCAGGUCGGAGCCCAAGAUGCGGUCGGCCAUCUCGGGCUACUGGAGCUCCGACGACACGCUGGACCGCGAGGUGUGCCUCUACCACCACCACCACCAUGGGGGCAGCAGCGGAGGCCUGCCCACCGGCGUCAUGACGAUGGGGCGCCACCCGGAAAAAUCCCAGUCGCAGUACUUCAUGGAGUCCUACAACACCAUCAGCGCCCACUCUCUGAAGACGUCGCGGAGCAACAACGACGUGAAGUGCUCGACGUGCUCGGGGAGCGGCGGCGGCGGCGGCGGCGGCGGGGCCAUGCCGCUGGUGGGCCCGCUGGACGCCCAGAUGCAGCUGAAGAAGAGCUCGUGGUCGUCGACUCUGACGGUGAGCAGAGCACGAGAGGUCUACCAGAAGGCCUCAGUCAACCUAGAUAAAGCUCUAGUGAAAGCCGAGCAGGGACGCACCUGCCACUUCCUUCAGGUGCCCCAGGAUGACUGGAGCGGUUUUUCUCCGUUGGGAAAAGAUGACGAGAUCCCGUGCCGGCGGAUGCGCAGCGGCAGCUACAUCAAAGCCAUGGCAGAGGACGACAGCGGCGACUCGGACUGCAGCCCCAAACCCUCGCCGAAGGUCCAGGCCCGAAGAGCCAGCUACCUGAAGGCCACACAGCCGUCACUCACAGAGAUGACCACGCUCAAGAUUUCCACCGAGCACUCGCCCAAGCUCCAGAUCCGGAGUCACAGCUACCUGCGGGCGGUGAGUGAGGUUUCCAUCAAUAGGAGUCUGGACAGCUUGGACCCGGCAGGGCUGCUGGCCUCGCCUAAAUUCCGCUCGCGAAACGAGAGCUACAUGAGAGCCAUGAGCACCAUCAGCCAGGUGAGCGAGGUGGAGGUGAACGGGCAGAUCGAGGCGGUGUGUGAGUCGGUGUUCAGUGAGAUGGAGUCUCAGGCGGUGGACGCCCUCGACCUGCCCAUGCCCGGCUGCUUCCGCAUGCGCAGCCACAGCUACGUGCGCGCCAUCGAGAAGGGCUGCUCGCAGGACGAGGAGGAAGGGGGCGUCGCCGCGGGCAAGAGGAGGACCCGCUCGCCGCCGAGGACCGCCACCACAGUCAGGACCAUCCAGAGCAGCACAGUGUCAUCAUGCAUCACCACCUACAAGAAAACGCCGCCCCCGGUCCCGCCGCGGACCACCCCGUCCAAACCCUUCAUCUCCAUCACGGCGCAGAGCAGCACCGAGUCGGCCCAGGACGCCUACAUGGACGGCGGCUCGGGCCAGCGGUCGGGCAUCAGCUCGCAGCCGGGCCUGUCCAACUCCACGGAGAGCAUCGACAGCAUGAAGGCCCUGACGGCGGCCAUCGAGGCGGCCAACGCUCAGGUGCACGGCCCCGCCAGCCAGCACGUCACCAACAGCACCAUCACCAUCACGGCCACCGCCACGACCUCCGUCUCCGCCGACAGCAAGGCGCAGAGGGAAGCGCUCCGCAAGUGCCUCUCCAUAGGGAUCCAGGUGGACCCGGAGGAAGGGGAGCCGACGGAGGAGCAGUCUA